CCCAAAUAAACCUGCACCAUGCAAAAGAGUCUUCCGCUAUAAUAGCAAGACUCUUUGAGAAACAUCAUUAUGCAAUGGUACUAGCCCAGGAACCCUGGGUGUAUCAGGGACAAAUUAGAGGUUUGUCUGGAAAAAAUUCAAAGAAUUUACAACCCGAGAUCUUGUUCCUAUCAUGGUUCAGCUUAUUAUCGAGAAUUGCAGUAAAAACAUCGUGAUUGCCUCUGCUUACUUUCCGGGUGACGGGGAGGCACCGCCUCCGGAGGUACGGGAGCUCGUGCGAUUCUGCAGCCAACGGCAACUACCUCUGCUAUUGGGAUGCGACUCCAAUACACACAAUGAGGUAUGGGGAAGCACUAACACUAACACUAGAGGUGAGUGUUUACUUGAAUUCCUCUUAGCAUGCAAUCUUGAAGUUCUCAAUGUAGGGAACAGCCCCACGUUUGUGACAAAAACGCGGGCAGAAGUGUUAGAUUUAACAAUCGGGAGUGCUGGUGUAAUCAGUUACUUGAAACAAUAGAGGGUCCCAACGAAACCCUCCCUAUCAGAUCACAGAAUCAUCGAGUUCAAAUUAGGAGGAAUCACACCCCAAACAGAAACUCGAAGGAAUCCAAGAAAAACAGACUGGGACAUGUAUAACACCAACCUCGUAGACAACCUAAACCGUAUAGAUACAAGUAGGGCCAGAAACCAUCUGCAUCUAGAAUGGUACGCAAGGGAAGUCAGCGGUGCAAUAUUGGAUGCAUAUGAAUCUAGAUGCCCCGCAAGUAAAGGCAUACAAAAAAGUAACAACAAGCCCUGGUGGAAGAAGAAGUUGGCCAAACUUAGAUCGGAGGUCCGACGACUCUUUAAUAGAGCUAAAUCCAGUGGCGAAUGGCAGCUCUACAGCGAGAAAUUAACUGAGUAUAAGAAGGAGAUAAGAAGGGCAACUGCUCCACGCAGGACUUGCUCCAGAGGAAGCAAAACGGAAAGUACUCCUCCAUAGAGGGGAGGGUAAAGGAACCAAGAAACAGGCCGGCGCAUCUCCACCAAAGGGCAAAAGAGGGAGCGAAAACCUUUCACCUCUGCUCCGGCAAGAAGAGAAAAAAGCCAGGAUGGAAAGACGUCCAACACCGAGAGGCAAGCAGGGACAUAUCACCAGCUUUGCCUCUAUUGCUGGAAAAGUGAAAAUGGCAGUGCUACCAGGAUUACCCAGAGGUUGUACUGACCACCGACCAGCAAACGGCUCUAGAAGAGGCGAUACUGGACGAAGUAGUGGCGAUUGGAGAGCAACACAACGACGGACAAAAUGUGGGUCAAAUGCGAUUUGCGGGGAUUCACUUUCGGGUGGGCAUGCUCCUCAUAGACUGUGUAUCUACAGAAUCGGCGGAUUGGUUGAUAGAAACGGCACCUAAACUUAAGAAUUGGCAGGGGCCAGGACUGGUUGCUCUGAAGGGAGAAAACAUCCCUAAGGAGGCGACCAUCACGGUCUUUUUGCCGAGGAGCAAAGGGAAAGACACCACCUACCUGCUGAACCUUAUCCAGGGUCAGAACUCCGAUGUAAGGACAUCGUGUCGGCGAAUCAUCAACUCGAGGGAGGAGGGCCACGGCCAAGUCCUCACAAUAGGAAUUGACCUCAAAUCCAAGGAGGCAAUAGAGAAAGAGGGAUACACUCUUUACUAUAGAUUCGGGACAACACCGGUAUCAGGCCUAAGAAGAGACCAAGCUAAACAGGUAGAGAAAAUGGAGACAGAUCCUCCAGCCUCUACCUCACAGUUACCUCAGCCGAAGACUAGCUCAUCGACUGUGAAGGGCACGGAGGGCCAAACCCCAACCGUGGAAGGGUGUAUAUCCUCGGAGAAGGUUGAUGGCCACUUCUCGGAGGAGGAACUUCCGUUGUCAGAGGAAGAUGAGGAAUACCCUAUCCCCUCUACAACGGGAGAAUCCUCACACACCCCAGUAACCUAAACCAGGUCCAAAGUCCUACUCCAGCCCCUCUUCCCACCCCGAAC